GAAACGAGUAGAGGAAACCGGAAGUGACGACAGACUAGCGUGUGCUAAUCUGUUUGAAAGCGAAAGAGACCCGCGGUGUUUAUCUUGCGCUUUAUGUAGUUUACAGACGUCACUAAUAUCCGCUUGGAAUUUACAAUGUCGUCUUUGCCUCAGAAGGCUCCAGGUGGUGGUCUGGGUGGUGUUCCCCUUCAGCAGCAACAGCAGCAGCAGCAGAACCUUCUCAUGGGCGCCAGUUCAGGAGCCUCAGUCCCAGGACAGGCUGCUAUGCCUCCAAACUCCGCCGCUCUCAGAGAAAUCUCCCCGGUUUUCCUGUGUCGCAUCGGUCAGGACACCGUGCAGGACAUCGUCACCCGCACUAUGGAGAUCUUCCAGAUCACACGGGCUACUCAGUUGCCCAACGGUGUGACCCAGAGUCAGGCAGCAUAUCAGGACCGCUUUGGGAAACUGCAGGAGCACCUGCGCCAGCUGACUUUGCUUUUUCGCAAACUCCGACUGCUGUACGAGCGCUGUGUAGAGAUGACCUCUGACCUUCAGGAGUCUCCUGCUGAGGUGAGAUACCAUCAGAGUAUCAGCUGGUGCCGUAUGUCGGAGAGGAGAUGGCUCCGGUCAGAGUGGAGCACUGCAGUCCUGCUGUGACUCAGGACAAGCAAGAAGUUUUAAAGUGACAACUGCACAGGGCUUUGAGACAGGUAUGCCACGAAAAUCAGAUUCUCUGAUAGAUUCACAGAUUAAGUGACAAGAUUGCAUGGGUGUUCAGCCACAGUGAAAGUAACUAUAAACAGAAUAUACAAAAUAUACAACAUAUCAUUCUUUAAUAUCUUUUAUUCCUUAAUUCAAUUAAGUCCCUGUGCAAGGUGUCACUAUGGAAAGAGUAGAAUAUUAGAAACAGUGCAUUCAUAUACAGCUGUGGUUUGUCUUGUAGUUUACAGUAAGACACAUACAAUAUUGUGUAAAAAUCUUAGGCUCUCUAUAGUGAUUUUUUUGUACAGAAUUUAUCAAUAGAUUUCGGCAUUAUUGAGUCAGUACUAAAACUUUUCCCAGAUUUCCAAAUAUGUACAUGUAUGGCAUAUAUGCUACAUAUAUAGUAACUAGAUAAAUAAAUUUUUUUUUUAAUAUUUAUGUCCUCUUUACAGCAUUUCUUUGCAUGUGCCAGACUUUUGCACACUAUUGUAUAAUGUUAGUGAUGAAGUCAUUUGCUUAGAAUUACUUUCCUCACUGAGUGAUGUUAAAUUACAAGCGUGAAGUUUCUUAAAACUGAGCCACAACGACAGAUACAAUACGGUACAGGCUUUUUUUUUAAAGACAGCUGUUAAAUGCAGCCGUCUUCCAGGCUGUGUAAAUAAUUUUUUAUUUAUAGGUCGUUACUUUAAAAUAAUGGCCACGACGUUUACGUUAGCAGGACGACUUGCACACCACAAACCGUUACGUUUAUUUCAGAACUGUUAUUUAAUGUGCUCUACUUUUCAAACAUCA